AUGCCUUUAACAUUCCGGUGUCAAAAAGAGCCACCUCCCGACCUCCCACCUAUACCGAUCCCCGGACUGGAAGGUAUAAUGAGUAGCGAUGGUGUUGCUAAAGUAUUUAACCUCGACCCACGCCUCCAGGACACAAAGCCUGGUAAACAUCACAUCAUGGCUCCUCGCGAAGGUGGAUUUCUUGAAAGCAUUAAGGCCUCGUUCUCCGGUAAAAGUGCCAAAACCGAUUUACGCACCACCCCUUCAAGGAGGAAACGGGAAAAGGGAAAGGAAAGAGAGAGAGACCUUUCAUUUGUGAUUCUCCCCCGGUCUGCUUCUUCACUUGUCCCAGGAAAAUCCUCCAUGCCACUACCUCCAAUGCCCAGUAGAGAUAAUAGAUUACCGAGGCAUUCGAAUGUGUUUACAGGUGUUCCUACUCCUACAGAUUCAGCAAUUACAUCUGCGAGGAAUAGUCAACAUGUUCCUAGCAAUCCUGGAACUCCGGUGCCUGGCCAUCCCUUGAGAUCGAGUCGGUCUGUACCGGAUUGGAAAGCUGAGCAGCGUAAGCAGUACUGCUACUUUGAGGGUACAAGCGACAAUGAGCUGCCUAGAAUGCCAUCUGCAUAUGAGCCUCAGCCAAUUUCAAACCCAGGAAUGACCGCGGAGGGGCUUAGAAUCCUCAAUAAAACACCCAAGGAAAGCGAAACCUCAAAAGAGGACUCUUCAAGUGCCGCACCAAUUGGCCGCUACAAAAGAAAACUUAUAGCACCUAAUGCGAUUAAUAGCAACGAGGCAUUCAAUCAGCAACGAUCAUCAAUCAAGUCCCACAUAUCAGCGCCUCUGAUUGAAAAGGCUGGAAUCAAAAGAAGAGAAACUCAAACCUCUUUUUUAGCAAAGGACGGUCCGGAAAAUGCGAAUCCCCAAACUAUUCCGAUUCGCAAACAAUCGCAGCAACGGCCGGACAAAAGUCCUACCCUAUCUCCCUCGCUGCAAAAUCAACAAAUACAGGUUCGCCGACGCAGCACUGCAGACGAUCAGAAACCAUCAUCAUCCGCAUCCCACCGUCUUCCCGAGCGACCAUCAUCCACAUUCACUUACCAGACUCAUCGAGCACACGCUCUAUGUCCUGUCGUAGAAGAAACCCCCCAGCCCGUGUAUACUCCGAAGUGGGGCUCGAAUUGGAGUCCUCAUCUUCAACAAGAGUCCGAACUUUUCUUCGAGACAGGAACCAGGAACGUGGCCUCGGAGCAAGUCCCAGUGGAAAUGGGAAUUCCGAGCCCGCGACACAAGCACAAGACUCGGCCCGCAAGCUGGUCGUGUCCGAUACGGCCAACGAUGGAUCCCAGCUCUAGGCUAAAUUCACGGAAUAAACAUCUCUGGAAUAAGUUGAGGAACCUUUGGAACUUUUUCGUCAUGAUUUGGGCGUUAAUUAUCCUGUUUAAGAGUCUGCAAUUCCUUAUAAGGUUUGUAGAUAUUGUGGUUUUAGAGCCUGGGAAGUUUUUGUACGAUUUUGUAAGGAACAUUGCAGAUGGGUAA